AAAACGUUGAAGUGGUUAGAACCGAAGUAAGGUUUCGGGACAGGCAAGUAAUCACAAGUAAAAUAAUAGCCGCUACAUUAAGUAAAAAACCAGCUCGGAAAGUUCGACGACGGCCGCCAUUAUCAAGUGUGGAGGACACAAGAAAGAAAGGUAAGCUUUUGAUGAAAGGAGACAACAAGAUUUUGAUCUCGCUCAGAUGACACUAAUUAUGAAAGUCAGCAGAAUUUGUGUCAUAGAUCUCUACUUAUGAACACCUGUUGAAGCGGAUGCUGUUUAACGAGCACAAUGGCGGACGCAUCACAGAGAGCCAGAGGCGCCGAGCUGGAGUACCAGAACUGACCAAAAGAGGACAGUAAAACAGAAAAAGGUUUGAAAGAUCACUUAUGAAGGCAUGUGAAGGCAAGAUCAUCUAAACUAUCGUGUUUAACAGUAACAACGAACACAAUUAAUCGACUUAUGGUGGAAAACAAAAGUCCAGACAUUAUUGAUGACCAAUUAAUAGAAUGUACAAAGCUAUUGAAGGAGUUAUUCCAUAUGAAUGAGGACGUGUUAUUGCUGUUGCCUGAAGAAUUCCAAAGAAUGAACAUGAACACUUCAUCAAGUUCAUAAAUGACACAGAAGAAUGGAUAAAAACAGCAAGAAAACAUUUCCAAAAUGAUGUUGAUCCAGAAGAUAGUGUUGUCUGCUGUUGACGUACAAGCAUGUGAUGCAAGAAGUAAGUGACAAGCAGUUCUCAAGAUCAUCUCGAGCUUCAUCCACAGCCUCCUUUAUAUCAUCGGUGUGACGACUGGAGCAAGCGGAGCAUAGGACCAAGAAUGUUGACCACAUCGUCACAAUGUUGACUUGCCACAGAUUGAUGCAGACUUUGGACUUUUGAUAGGAUGUGAUGUUUAUAAAGCUAUGGAGCCUUGGGAAGUUAUUCCCAGUGAAGACAAUGGUCCAUAUGCAGUGCCAACUACUCUUGGUUGGGUCAUAAAUGGCCCUUUGAGAAAGAAUGUCAUAUUUCCAUCUGAAAACAGUCGCUUUUACAGAGUAUCAAGAGUUCCAUGUCAGACCUGCUGAACACAUAUACAAAACAUAUACAACAUACGAUGCAGUGAGACAAGGGGUAACUGGACGGGAUGAUUGGGCGAUGAAGGGGGGCAAGAAGGCGCUUAAAUGAACUCUUAAGACUAGACUCUUAAAUGAAGGAGCACAGUGUGGGACUGUUAAAAAAACCUUACAUACAUACAAGUAAAAACAUUGUUCACACACAUAGACACAAGACCAGCGCCACAAAGGAAAAUAGCCGAUACGACCAGCCAGGCUACUUGCAGCCACCCAUCAUGCCCGCACCGGGGGGAUAUAGUGGCAAAAGUGUUGGAUGAGGAGGUGGGGUGAGUGCCUGCGACGCUUCCCCUGCCCAACCUGGAGCUCAGUUCGCAGGGUGUCAUUGCGAUACAUAGCAGUUGCCAUGGAGAAGUCGGUGGUGGGUCCAGAGAAGAGAAACAACAGGUGUCCGUGAAGAAAUAAUAGAGGGUCAGAGCGUCCCGCUGCAGCACUGUCUUGGGAGAAGUUGUUUUCACAACACGACCUUGGUUAGCCGUGGCGGGGACGCCGAAAUCCAAAUUAAGAAUAUUGUUUGGGUUAGUUCGGAACAGUCUAUUGUCCAUUCUGGUCUUCCCAUUGAUCCAACUGUUUUUGCAAAGCCGAAAUCUUCACCAAGAUGGCAUCCUUGUUGUGAUUGGCAGUCACAGUCAGAGUGUGAAUGGCUUUGCCCACCAAAUCAUUCACAAUGGGCAGCUGUGGACCUUCAUCAUACGAAUUCUGCGAUACACCAGGAAAAUGCCCAAUCCAAUCAGCAACAGACCUGUUAUCAUGGUUCCGAAUCGGUAGACGUCUUCGAUGGGCCCCUCUAUCAUCAACCCUGUCUUUGUGCUCCUCAAUCUUCCACCUUCCCUCAUGACAUGUCCGGUGUUCCAUGUUUCUCCACCAGAGUCCUCCAGACACCGGAGUGGUUUCCUGCUCAGACCUUGCACUCCACUUUCACAGCUCUUGUUUGCUAGUUCUCGUUCCUGUUGUUGAAGUUUCUGCUUGACUUCCUGCCUUGAAUGUAUGCUGUGACGUUUUUGUACUGGGUGUUUAUUUCAUGUUAUUUUGUUUCCAUUCAGUCACCUUCUCGUCCAAGAUGGCCGUAAACAUUCCAGGAACCAUUGCCAUGUUCUUUUUCUACCUGAUGGUGUUUGGUAUCGGAAUCUGGGGUUUCUUGAAGGCCCGGAGGGAAAAGACCAAAUGGGCAACCUCCUCCCUGGAGAUGUCGUUGCUGGCCAACCGAAGCAUUGGCUUGUUGGUGGGAAUCUUCACCAUGACGGCCACGUGGGUGGGAGGCGGCUUCAUCGUUGGCCUGGCAGAGAUGGUGUACACCCCCUCCAUGGGCGUGGCCUGGGCUGCCGUGGUGACGCUGGGAUACAGCGCUUCUUUUUUGAUUGGCGGUGUCAUCUUCGGUGGGUUGCUUCGUGCAAGACACUACGUCACCAUGAUGGAUCCUUUCCUGGACAAGUAUGGCAAAGUUCUGACGGGCGCUUUGUGUGUGACGGCACUUUUCCUCGAUGUCUUGUGGGUUCCCUCCACCCUCAUUGGCCUGGGUGUGACCAUGAGUGUGGUUCUGGACCUUUCUUUCAAUGUUUGCGUUUGGAUCUCAGCGGGGGUGGCCAUCACAUACACACUGCUGGGGGGGCUCUACUCUGUGGCCUACACUGACGUCGUCCAGCUGCUCCUCAUCUUCAUCAGCCUGUGGGUUUGCACUCCCUUUGCUAUGACGAGUCAACAUGUGGUCAACAUCGGCUCCACACUAAUGAACAACACGCUGCACGCUCCCUGGAUUGGCAGCUGGAAUACCAACAACUUCUGGAUCCUUAUGGAUAAUUUUUUCUUUUUGGCGCUGGGCAGUCUGGGGUAUCAGUCCUUCCACCAGAGGACGCUGUCAGCGGCGUCUCCUGCGACGGCCAAGCGUCUGUGCAUUAUCGCCGCCUUUGUCAUCCUCAUCUUCGGCAUACCUCCCAUCCUGCUGGGGGCGGUGGCGGCAUCCACAGACUGGAACGCGACAUCGUACGGUUCUCCAUCACCGUGGGAGCGGGGGGAGGCGGCGCUGGUCCUGCCCAUGGUGCUGCAACACCUCACCCCCCCUUACAUCUCCAUCCUGGGGAUUGCAUGCGUGGCCGCUGCUGUGAUGUCAUCUGCAGACUCCGCCCUGCUUUCCGCGGCGUCCGUGUUCUCAUCCAACAUCUACAAGAACAUCCUGAGACCACAGGCGUCUGAACAAGAGCUUCAGCUUGUCAUUCGCCUCACCGUAGUCGUGGUGGGUGUGACCGGGGCAGCACUCACCAAGCUGAAAACCAGCGUGAUCCUGUUCUGGUUCGUGGGCGCCGAAGUGGCCUACAACGUCAUCUUCCCUCAGCUCGUCUGUGUUGUCUUCUUCCACAUCACCAACGGUUAUGGUGCCAUCAUAGGCGGUGUGCUGGGCUUCCUGAUUCGACUGUUGUGCGGUGAUCCGCUGAUGGGGCGGGUGCCUGUCAUCAUCUUCCCGGGAAGCACUCUGGAGGACGGGACUCAUGUGCAGCAUUUCCCGGUCAAGACCUUCGCCAUGCUGUGCUCCCUCGCCGCCAUCCUGUUCUUCUCCUUCUUGACAUCUCAGCUUUUCAACAGAGGACUACUUCCUGUCCGCUGGGACGUCUUCCAUGUGACCGCCCAGACGGCCGACCCCACACAGCAGCGGCACGGGUGUGCAAACGGCAGCACCGAUGCUUCUGAGCACAUGAUGAGCAGUAGAAGCUGAAUGAGCAGCUAGCAUCCACCAGCUUAGCUUGCUAAUGUUAAGGGUGUUGAAACUUUAAACGGUUAAGUCAGUAAGGCAUGGGAACUUGUGUAGAAUUGGAUGCACUUCUGGUUGGUAUGUGGUACUUUUAAGUUACUGGGAGGUGGGGUCAUGUUGACAAUGAUGGUGGAUGGUGAGGUCCGUUGGUGCCCACCGCCCUGGACAGCGGCAGAUGUUGUCCAGUCAGACAACAACACCCAAUCCUCCUGUAGUUGGACGCCGCUGGUGACCUCCUGACCUGCAAGCUCUCCCCCAUCCCGUAACUCAUGGGGGUGCAUGUCUGCUUUCCACAGACACUCUUUCUUCCAUGUCUGUGUGUAACUAAACCAGUAAAAUGAGUUAAAAUAAAAGUAAUCAGUCUGAUGUG